AUGGCUUAUUACAAUGCCGGUAAUGUUGUAGCUGUAGCUAACCCACCUGAGCAACUUGAAGAUACAAAUAGUACAGACGAUCUUACUAUAAUACCUUUAGAAAAAGAUAGUUUCGCAAUAUGCGAAUUGUGCGGUCGCGUUGGCCGUCGGGGACAAUUCUACCCAAGAAACAAUAAGUUUUGUUCGCUUAGAUGUCACGCGAGUAAUACUAGAAGACGACAUUGUAAUUGGAGGUUCAGACUGAUGGAAGGUGCCGAACACAUGGCGGGUAUGAUACCGUUGGAGCCACUGCCACAGCUGCAGCACUGGCAGUCUACAAUAAAUGAUUUACAGGCUGGACCAAUAAAACAAUCAGCUGCUUUAGUAGCAAACAGUUAUGAAUGGAAGGAUGAAUUAUUUGGUUGUGAUUUCCUUGCUGCUCCAGUGAGUUUAUUCAAGCAUGCUCCCUUACAUGAAAUGUGGGACAGCACCUUUGAGGGUAUGAAAGUAGAAGUAAAAAAUACAGACUGCGAAAAUUAUUCGGACAAACUUAGUGACUAUUUCUGGGUAGCUACAGUAUUAAAAGUAAAAGGAUAUAUGGGUCUUCUACGCUAUGAAGGUUUUGGCAGUGAUGAUUCUAAAGAUUUUUGGGUGAAUCUUUGUUGCUCAGAAGUGCACCCUGUUGGCUGGUGUGCAACUAGGGGAAAGCCUCUAAUACCACCUCGUAGUAUUGAAGAUAAAUAUACUGAUUGGAAAAAAUUUCUUGUAAAGCAGCUAACUGGCGCUCGAACUCUACCCGCGAAUUUCUACACAAAAUUAAAUGAUAGUCUCGCAUCUAGGUUUUCUAUUGGUGUCCUUAUGGAAAUUGUUGAUAAGAAUAGAAUUUCACAAGUCAAGGUAGCUACAGUAUGUGAAAUAGUAGGCAAACGAUUACACGUAAAAUAUUACGAUAGUACACCAGAGGACAAUGGUUUCUGGUGUCACGAGGACUCUCCACUAAUACAUCCUGUAGGCUGGGCCUUCAGAAUUGGACAUCCUUUAGACGCGCCUCCUAGUUAUUUACAAAGAGUAGCUGCUGGUCGGCUUACACCAACUGAUAGUACACCAGACAUGUUUUAUAAGUACCCAAGUAAUGAGCCGCCCUUAUUUGCGCAAGGAAUGAAGUUAGAAGCCAUUGAUCCUCUUAAUUUAUCAGCUGUUUGUGCUGCGACUGUGAUGCAGAUACUGAAUGAAGGGUAUAUGAUGAUCAGAAUAGACUGUUACCCUGCAGAUGCGUCUGGUGCGGAUUGGUUCUGCUAUCAUCAAAGAUCGCCGUGUAUAUUCCCUGUUGGUUUUGCGCAGGCUAAUAAUAUACCUCUUGUACCUCCUGCUGGGAUUACAGUGGAGGAGUUCAGUUGGGAGCAAUACUUGGCGGUUUCUGGUGGACAGCCAGCCGAUCGUUCGUUGUUCGCGGCGAGAGGUCACGUGGUAUCACACGGGUUCGUGGCCGGCAUGAGAUUGGAGUGCGCGGAUCUCAUGGACCCACGACUAGUCUGCGUUGCUACUGUUGCUAGAGUUGUUGCUGAUUUACUCAAGGUUCACUUCGACGGUUGGGGCAUGGAGUACGACCAAUGGUUAUGGGCGCACAGUACGGACGUGUACCCCGUGGGUUGGUGCCGCGCGGUGGGUCAUAGGCUCGAAGGUCCGCUUCAACCGCCGCCCCGCCCCCCGCGCAAGCAUCCUCCAAAACAACCGAGACGAAGGCGUAAACAACAAGGUUUAAAAUCAGCAGCUCAACCACCGAAUACAACAGAAGAUAGCUCACAGAAUUCCGACAUGGGUGAUACCAAGAGUCUUUCUCCUCCUACAAGCGUAUCAGAAGUAUCACCUGAUACGGAACCUCGGCUUGAAACCGUCUCCACACCCACGAAAAUGGAAGUGGAUUUGGACAUUGAAUCUAAGGAUAGUAUCGAACAGCCUGAAGAAGCCCUUGCCGAUAUGAAAGUAGAUAGUCCGAAUACACCUACAGACAAAUCCCCAGCAACACCUACGGAUAUAUCACAACACACACCAACAGACAUAUCACAAGAUUCAAAUUCAAUUCCAAACAUAGCACAACUGUCCCCAGCUGUUUCCACGGAAGAUACGGACAGUGACAAGGUGAUACCUAGACUAGUCAAUACCUCAGUGCCCUUAGAUGUCCUAACCUCCGUCGACCCAGAACAUUGGAGCACAGCUGAUGUUGCCAAAUUCCUCACAGUCAAUGACUGCCAACCUUACUGCAUCAAUUUCACCAAUAUAACUGGCCCAAUGAUGCUACAACUAACAAAAGACGAAAUCAUCGAACUAUUAGAAAUGAAAGUAGGCCCUUCAUUAAAAAUAUUUGACUUGAUACAACAGUUAAAAUGCAAAAUAAAACAGCCUCAGAGUAGAUUGCUAAAUAGUUUUAAAUAG